ACAUAAUACCAGGAUAGUAUACAGUAGACUGACACACACACAACCACCCCGUUAGCUGUCUGGAAGGUUGCCGGGACACCUGUAUGAGCCCCGCUACAUGGAUGCUACAUAGACUAUUACAUCGCUGUACAUCAGCAGCCGCCAGCCGGGCCAGUGUGAGUGUGGCAGGCAGGCAGCCAAUGGGAGGGCGGGAGGCCCCGGAAGCCGCCGCUCAUACACAGCCAGCAGAGAGGAGGAAGGGACUGCGGAGGCUGCGGGCAGGCUGGAGCAUAGAAGCAGCUGCUCACAGGGAAAGCAGCCGGCUUUUUCCGGGCCUUAUUCUUCCUGCAUCCAGAGGAUGAUGCCACAUCCGACUGCCUCCUCUCAGAGGGGAAGCUUCAGUGAGAGAGCAUAGUGCAGCAGCAGUGUAGCACUUCAGUAUCCUGUGGAACUUGCGAUCCAUUCUUCGUCCAGCGCUGACUUUGUAGUGAUCCGGGCAAAUGAUUGUGUUGCAACAUGCCAGGCCUCCAUCUCACCCAGAGCAGUCUGCUUUUCCAUCCCCCAUUGGAAUGGGCAAAAAGCAAAUAGUACUUCCUGUGCAGCCUCACUCACAGACAAAAUUAGCCCUUGCAUGCCAAGCAACGUCCCUGGAUGUCACACAGGAUGAAAUUGUGGAACAAGAUCCGUCCUUGGAAGAUCUGUGUAAACCUCUUUCUUGUAAGCUGUGUAAUGUCACCCUAAAUUCUGCACAGCAAGCUCAGGCACACUAUCAGGGCAAAAACCACAGCAAGAAAUUACGCAAUUACCGUGCAUCAAGUAGUUGUCCUGCUUCAUCAAGAUUGAGCCAUUCUAUAGAGACUGUAUCACCUGGCUCUUCCUCACCAAAUGUAACAGCCCCAAAAUCUGGCGGGCGUGUGAUUCUUGCCACUGAAAAUGACUACUGCAAACUGUGUGAUGCCUCGUUCAGCUCCCCAGUGGUCGCUCAAGCACACUACCAAGGAAAGAACCAUGCCAAAAGGUUACGUCUAGCGGAGACCCCAGCAAAUGCCAUUAUGGACUCUGCAGAAGGCAAAAGGAGAACGCGGAAAGAAGGCAGUGAACAUAAGAUGAUGCAGAAUCGAAGAAAUGUCUGUUCUGUACAGAAUAAUACAGGUCCAUAUUUCAAUCCCCGUUCUCGUCAGAGAAUUCCUAGGGACCUGGCUAUGUGCGUAACCCCCAGUGGACAGUUUUACUGUUCAAUGUGCAAUGCAGGAGCCAGCGAAGAGCUAGAGUUCAGGCAGCAUCUGGAGACAAAGCAGCACAAAAGCAAAGUUUCUGAGCAGCGUUACCGCAGCGAGAUGGAAAAUUUGGGAUACAUGUAGUGAAGUAACCACUAUCAAGUUGUGUUUUUACGCUGUUGCUUUAAUUAUUUAUUUAUUUUUAUUACCAUUUUUCCUUACAGCCAUUUCAUAAGGUGGAGGUAUUUCAAAUGCUAAACAAUGAGACUUUGAAGCUCUGGAGGGUAAAUUUAAUGCACUAUGUUUGGCUCUUUUAUACUGAAGAAAUGACUAGACCUUAUCAUGUUUUAUUUAAAUAGUUAUAAGGUAACCAUAAAAGACGCAAUACUGUUACGUGAUUCUGCAGCAUCAGGUUAUGGAAAUGGUGAUUGCUAAUUGUGCAUCUCAAAUGGAUAUCCCUUUUCACAACCUCACACUACUAUGUAUUCUUUACACUGUGGGCUUGGUAGCUUUUAUUCCAAAGAACACUGUUUAUGAGAUGUUACAUGUCUGUAGUGGGUUGUACAAGCAGUGGAUAAAAAAAAUGGAAACAAAGAUAAAAGGCAAUGGCUUCAUUAGCUAGAAUUUUGCUGGAGGUUUGCACAUGAAAGUCACUCAGCUGGUGCCUGUGGAAAUCACUUUUCCAUGUGGUAUUACAGAAUAUCCGAUAAAAGUUUGACUGGGAUUAAAGUUGGGAACUGACAAGACCAUGCUGUAUGGAUAACAUCAUACUUUACAAACCAAAGUAUGAUAAAGUAAUAACCAAAAGCAUUUGGAUAGGACAUUGCCCUCCUGGAAGAAACUCCCUCCUACCAGGGAAGAAAUGGGAUGAAGAUGACCACUACGUACCACUAAGUAGUGUAUAGUAUUGACCCUGCCUUCUAAAGGAAUGACUGUACCCAUACUGUGCAAGCAAAAUGCCCUCCACAAUGUUAAUGAACCACCAGAACCUUUACUGUAGGGAACAAACAUUUAGAGCUUGUUGGCACCAAGUGUGCAAUUGACUAUUGUCAAGAACUUGAGUAAGAAUGAUUAAUUCGUCCAUAUCUUGUUUCCGUGUAACUCGGCAGUACGCUGUCUGUGCUUCUGCGACCACUGAACUCACAAAUCUAGAGUGCCAGGUAUCCUCAUGAUCAUCAUUGUUUAUUUGUAAGGUGUCACAAAACUCUGCAGCGCAGAACAGUCAGAGUUACUGUACAAUAAUAUAAAAUACAAUUGCACAUAAAGAUAACAAGUACAGAUGAUGUUGAUGAAGAAAGUGCAGACAUGAGACAAGGGGCAGAGAGUGGCCCUGCUGGUGAGAGCUUACAGUUUCGAGGAUGAUCGUCUGUUUAUGCUCUAGAACCCAACUAAAAUGUACUGCUUCAUGGAAUUCAGUUGAACCAUUUUUCUGGUUAAGCUGAUCAUGCUACAGGUUGAAAUGAGCAGUUGAUCUGCCAUUGCACUCUACCUUUAUGUGUUGCUUACAGUUCUGGAACAUGCACUUCUGACUUUUGCUGACAAUAUUUUCCCUUGAAGUUCCAUACUGACAUCACCUUCACCUCAGCUGCUUAUAAAACAUUAGCAAGUUGACCUAUCUUUGCCAUUAGAGGUCCUGCAAAACGCAUCCCAGAUAUUAUCCUUUCUUUAAAGUCACAGUCUUCUUACAGCAGUACUAGUUAUAAUUAUAGGAUGCCAGGCCAGUCAAGAACAUGAGAUUGACCACGCUGGGAUGUACUUUGCUUAAUGAACACACAAGCUACAACUGGGUGGAAGCCCUUGCUUUCAGUAUACUUGGAGUCCUUCAUUUACUGUACACAAGUUUUCUUCAAGUUUUUUUUUGCCCACCAUCUAUACAUGAGUAAAGUGGGAACACUAAAGAUAGUUCAGACAUGUACAACAUGUAGUUCCAAGCAUGGUUCCAAAACUUCUAUAUUGUGUUUUACUGUUGAAUGCUCAAGGACUAAUUGCUGUGUUUGCAACAACAAACAUUAACCAAUCAUUUCUCUUAAUAGUUUGUUGCUAAGGGGCAUUUAAUGAAUUACUGUGCAAUGAAUUGUUUUUUUUUUUCUCUCAAUAGGUAAGUUUUUAUAUUUCUUCACUUUGCACUUAAAUCCUUUGCUGCUCUAGGUACAGUGACAACAGCAAGAAAAUACUAUGGGACUUUGGCCAGUAAUUUCUUAAUGGAGAUCAUCCCUUAUUUGUUUCAUGAACUACUACUAUUUACUUUGGGAAUUAUAUAAAAAGCUUUCCUAUGUAUCUGCUGUUACUGAUUCAAUUUUAUAAUUAUACAUGUGAUACAUGUAGUAUAAUUUUCUCCUCUUUUCCUGUUACUUAUGGGACAGAUUCAUUCAGCUCUAUUGCUGCACCUGUUCUCUGUUGUUAAACCUUAUUAAGAUCCUUGUCAGGUAAUGCCAUAUCGGGUAUUAACCCUUAACAGAGUUUGAUGAAUCUGCCCAUCUGUCUCUUGGCUCCAGUUACCACAUUAGAUGAGACUCAGGGCAGCAGUUUACUGCCCUUUCGCUUCUACUAUUCCACACAAUCCAUAAUGCGGAACUUCUAAGAAGGUAAUGAAACUAAAUAAUGCUGCUUUAAAGAACACAAUUACUGCACAAUCCCUGCCACAGUGAUCUGUUACUAAAACAUAUCACUGGGUGGGAUUAGUAUUUUUGUCUUAGAGAAUGAAGGAUUUUGACAUAUGUAUCUGUUUUUUUAACGCUGCCACACUUUGUUCCUGUGUGGUACUGUAUGUAUAUUUAUAGGAAAUGUAGUUUUGCUGUUCCAUGUAUGUUGAUGAAAUUAUAUUUUCUUUAUAACGCACAGAGAAAAAUAAUAAGCAUAAAAUACAA